GCCGAAGGCAGCUCGCCUGGAGGUGUUUACGGUGCUGCGGUCAGUUGGUCGCGGGUCGCCCGCCAGAGCGAAGGGCGAGGCGGCACGGUUCCCGGGGAGCAGCGGUUGCGCCGCCCUCACGUCGAACGUCCGGAUCCUCACAGGCUGUCUCCAAGCGGCCGGUCCCGCCUCUGCUGGGAGAGACCAACAGGUGCCCCACGUGGCUGCGAGCCGCAGCGCCCCAACGGAGCCCAGCCUACGCCGCAGGCAGAGCUGCUGUGCGCUCCGCGGGUGGGAGCCCCACGCCUUCCGACAAGCGGGGCGGGGCGGCGGCCCGGCGCACCCUUGCCAGUGAGCGAGCGAGCGGGCGAGCGAGCGUGCGGAGCCCAGCCCUGAGCCCGCGCCCCUACCUGAUCCUCGAGCCGAGUCGAGCGCCGCCGGCUUUGUUCGCUUUGUCCGCGCGUACCUAAGCGGCCCGCCUGGAAGGACGCCAUCCGGGAGAGCGCACGCGGCGUCGCACCAGGUCUAACAACAUGCCUCCAUUUCUGCUUCUACUACCAGCCAUCUACACUCUCCUGUUCUCCAGAGUGUCCCUGACCACCUCUCUUCAGGAAGUGCAUGUGAGCCGGGAGACCAUGGGGAAGAUUGCAGUGGCCAGCAAAUUGAUGUGGUGCUCAGCCGCGGUAGACAUCCUGUUUCUGUUAGAUGGCUCUCACAGCAUCGGGAAAGGGAGCUUCGAGAGGUCCAAGCGCUUUGCCCUUGCUGCCUGUGAUGCCCUGGACAUCAGCCGUGGCAGGGUCAGAGUAGGGGCCUUGCAGUUUGGUUCCACUCCUCAUCUGGAAUUCCCCUUGGACUCCUUUUCAACCCGGCAGGAAGUGAAGGAGAGCAUCAAGAGAAUAGUUUUCAAAGGUGGGCGCACAGAGACGGGCCUAGCCCUGAAAAGCCUGAGCAGAGGGUUCCCUGGAGGCAGAAAUGGCUCUGUGUCUCAGAUCCUCAUCAUCAUCACAGAUGGCAAGUCCCAGGGGCCUGUAGCUCUACCAGCUAAAGAGCUGAGAGAAAGGGGCAUCGUUGUGUUUGCCGUAGGAGUCCGUUUUCCCAGGUGGGACGAGCUGCUCACGCUGGCCAGCGAGCCAAAGGACCAGCAUGUGCUGCUAGCUGAGCAAGUAGAGGAUGCCACCAAUGGUCUCUUCAGCACGUUUAGCAGCUCUGCGCUCUGUGCCACUGCUGAUCCAGACUGCAGGGUGGAAGCUCACCCGUGUGAGCGGAGGACGCUGGAGACCAUCAGAGAGCUCGCUGGCAAUGCCUUGUGCUGGAGAGGAUCGAGGAAGGCAGACACCGUGCUGGCUGUGCCCUGUCCCUUCUACAGCUGGAAGAGAGUGCUCCAGACACACCCUGCCAACUGCUACAGAACCAUCUGUCCAGGCCCCUGUGACUCCCAGCCCUGCCAGAAUGGAGGCACGUGCAUUCCAGAAGGUGUGGAUAGGUACCAUUGUCUCUGCCCACUGGCAUUCGGAGGGGAAGUCAACUGUGCCCCGAAGCUGAGCCUGGAAUGCAGGAUCGAUGUCCUCUUCCUGCUGGACAGUUCUGAAGGCACCACACUGGAGGGCUUCCGGCGGGCCAAGACCUUUGUGAAGCGCUUCGUGCAGGCCGUGCUGAGGGAGGACUCUCGAGCCCGUGUUGGGGUGGCCAGUUACAGCAGGGAUCUGAUGGUGGCGGUGCCUGUUGGGGAAUACCAGCAUGUGCCAGACCUGGUCAGGAGCCUUGACAGCAUUCGCUUCAGCGGUGGCCCAACCCUGACGGGGAGUGCCUUGCUGCAGGUGGCAGAGCACGGCUUUGGGAGUGCCAGCAGGACAGGCCAGGAUAGGCCACGACGAGUAGUGGUUCUGCUCACGGAAUCACACUCCCAGGAUGAGGUGGCUGGGCCAGCAGAUCACGCAAGGUCCCGGGAGCUGCUCCUCCUGGGCAUGGGCAGUGAGACCAUCCAGGCAGAGCUAGAGAUGAUCACAGGUAGCCCGAAGCACGUGAUGGUCCACACAGACCCUCAGGACCUGUUCAGCCAAAUCCCGGAGCUGCAGAGGAGGCUAUGCAGCCAGCCACGGCCAGGCUGCCAGGUGCAGUCACUAGACCUGGUCUUCCUAUUGGACGCCUCCGCCUCAGUGGGACGUGAGAACUUUGCCCAAAUGCAGAGCUUCAUCAGGAAAUGCACUCUUCGCUUUGAUGUGAAUCCCGAUGUGACACAGGUUGGCCUGGUGGUGUAUGGCAGCCAGGUGCAGACCGCCUUCGGGCUAGACACCCAUCCCACCCGGGCUGCCGUGUUGCGGGCCAUGAGCCAGGCUCCCUACCUAGGGGGUGUGGGUUCUGCUGGCACAGCCUUGCUGCACAUUGAGGACAAGGUGAUGACGGUUCAGAGGGGUGCCCGCCCAGGUGUCCCCAAGGCUGUGGUGAUGCUCACAGGUGGGAGUGGGGCAGAAGAUGCAGCUGUCCCUGCCCAGAAGCUGAGAGACAAUGGCAUCUCAGUGUUGGUUAUGAGCGUGGGAGCCAUCCUCAGGGAGGCAGUGCGGAGGCUUGCUGGUCCACGAGACUCCCUGAUCCACGUGGCAGCUUACACGGACCUGCAGUACCAUCAGGACAUGCUCAUCGAGUGGAUAUGUAGAGAAGCCAAGCGGCCAGUCAACCUCUGCAAGCCGAGCCCAUGCAUGAAUGAAGGCACCUGUAUCCUGAAGAGCGGCAGUUACCGAUGUGGGUGCCGGGGUGGCUGGGAAGGCCCCCACUGCGAGAACCGCAUCUUGAGAGGAGAUGCCCCCAUGGCACGUCGCUUCCGCCAAGAGCCCGCAGGAAGGCAACAGCAGCCAACCCCUUCCCAGAAAGCUCCAGAGCAUCUUGGAAUCUGAAAGGCCCCAUUCUCCGCCAAGUAAAUCUCCUGGGGGCCCUGGAGCAUCUAUUUCCAGCUCUAAGAGUCAUUUUGCCCACAAGUCUCUGCCACAGGGGACACUGCUUGGGACAGUAGCAGCUGUCACUCACUAUGGUGAUGUUGGGAACGCCUGAUGUGUCAGUAUUUAUCUCCUGUAUCCAUUUGUUGAGGUAAGCUGCCUAUCACUUUCCCUAAGGAUAAGAGGUAGGCCAGAGAGAUCUGAUGACCUGCUUGAGGGUCAUCACAGAUGCUAGACAGAUGUUGGUAAGGUGAUAACGCUUUGAAGAAAACGUCUGUCAGAGCUUACCACCUGGU